AUGCCGCGCACACCAUUUCGGUUGUUUUCUCCUAUUCAAUUUGGCCCAGGGCCACAAGAUGAAGAAAGCGAAGAGACAUCGAGCCCAGACAUCACUAGAGAAUCUGAGGAUACUCUUGAAGAUCCAUACACCAUAGAUGACAUAGACUACGACGAUGAUGAAUCAGGUUCAGAUCUGUCCAGCACUCUGAAAUCGGUUUCUGACGAGGUUUUAGUUUUUGUAGCUGGCGCAUGUCUCGAAAGAAUGUCAGAUUCUGGAUUUGGUAGAAUGCUCUCUUCUCAAGAUGAGGGGUUUCGCAAACAAGCAUGGAAGCUAUGGAAAAAUGAUCUGACAACAUUCAGCAUUCAUGAAUUUUUCCGCACCUCGUUUGGUUUGUCUGCUCUUGUCAACCCAAGUCUUAAAGAUGAAGCGAGAAUGGUUAUCUGCUCACUGAUGCUUCUCACAAACUCUUUUUACACUAAUGUGCCGGUUACCAACACGAGAUUCUACAAGCAUCUCUGUGAUUCGGCAAGAUGGGGUUUGGAACAAGCAUCACAUCAUUAUCUAGCCACCAAAGCUCAUCGCAUGAGGGUUCACGAGCCGGCUCACAAAGAACGAGGAGAGAUGAGCGAUGACGAGUUUUGGGAGCAACGAAACGAAUCGAGUGAACGAGUGGGUUUGCGUGGCGAGUUCUCCGAGGAGGACGAUGAUAGCGAACAGGCAGAAAGUCCAUCAAGAAAAAAUCGUUUCUCUUCUAGCCACAAUUUAUGGAACCCGUCUGACUUCAUUCAGAACACAUGUUUUGAUAGAGUUACGGGUGAAUUGUUGUCGAGACAACAAUGUCUCUUCAACAUGAAUCGAGCAACGAAGAAGCGCAAGAAGACGGAUUUCCACGCAAUUCUCAAAGCUAAGAAUUGCUUAGCUCAUCGUAAUAUUGCUUACAGCCUCUACAUGGGUGACAAGCGUCUUGGGAAAAAUUGUGAUACUCGAAAGGAUCACGUGGUAGUUGUGAUAGUAAAAACAGCAAUGGAACUUUCAUUGCAGGCUGCUCCUCUCGUUGGAUUUGAUUUAGAUGACGGGCGGAAAGAAGAUGACGAGAUUUUGCUGCCAGGUGGGAAACGAGUUAUGAUCUCAAAUCUAUCCGACGGCUUGUACCAACUGGGUUGGUUUCCUUAUCGAUCCGACGGCUUGUACCAACUGGGUUGGUUCCACUGCUGUUUCCAAGGCUGUUGUUUCUGUUUUGAAAUUGGUGAGUUAGCAUCGCUAGACAGCUUUUUGAUGCUCUCGGAUUUCAUGGAAAAAUUUAAAAUAGAUUCUGAAUUUCGCCUAUCCGAACCAUCAAUCGAAAACUGUGGAACAAUUACUGAAAAUCUCUGGACCAUCCGUACGCCUUCAACUGAAGCAUCUAAAAAGUUGAAAUCCGUAUCGCCUAUAUUGUCUGAAGAAGGAUUGCGAACGGUCGAUGAUAGCCAACCAUCGACGUCAUCAACGACUAUUAGUGGAAAAAAGCGUAUUCACCAAAAUCAUUCGGAAUACGGGAGAACGCGUCGGAUUAUCACUAAACCAGUUCAUUCGCCAUCGGAAGGUCUCGCAAAGUUUACACGAUCUUCAAAAAAGGGAAAACUUGAGAAAUAA